UCCAGUCAUCACCAGCCGACCGGCGCAGUGGUUGCUAACGAGAGGAGCGUAGUGUUCUGUCAGUAUCAGCCAUGGUUUCGAGCGGACUGGUACCGGUACUGGUGUGCCUGUGCGUCUUCUGGUGUCUCAGCGAGGCGCAGGAUCAACCGAAUUUUUAUAUUGGUGAUGUCUGCAAGCAGUCCAAGGGGAAGACCUGGACCUGCAAGCUGGUGAGGAAUUGUCCCAAGGCUAUCGAAGAUCUUCGGAAGCAUAAACGACUUAAGCAAUGUCGUUUCACAACCUCUCAGCCAGUCGUAUGCUGUGAGCCUUUAGAUAGUCCAAAGCCGCCUCCUCCGACCCAACUCACGCUGACAAGUUCUUCAUGGCCCCCGAAUGCGGGAUCUAAGAGUAAACAGAAAUGUAAGGAAUACGCAGAGUACGUAUACGUCAAAACCCAGAGCUUUUUCGGCAGAGAAGAAAAGUUCGACACCUGCGCGAUAGUAGAACCUCUCAUCACCCGAGGGGAGAACGCACAGUCUCGGGAGUAUCCACAUAUGGCUUUGAUAGGGUACGGUAAGAGAAAUGCUAUCGAGUGGCUGUGCGGCGGAAGCUUGAUCAGCAAGAGAUUUGUGCUUAGCGCUGGUCACUGCACUGACAGCGGAUCCAAAGGGCUGGCCAAGUGGGUGCGACUAGGAGAGUAUGACGUAUCCACCACGGCAGACGACAAGCAAGGUCUGGCCCAGACAGAAGAGUACGAGAUCGUAGAGAGAAUCAACCAUCCAGACUACCGAAGUCCUAUCGUGUACAACGACAUCGCUCUGUACAGGCUGAGCAGGGAAGUACAAUUCAACGAGUACAUCAGACCAAUCUGCCUUCACACAGGAGAUAAGAUCGGCGGCAAUGGUUUUGCCCUCGCAACCGGAUGGGGUAUUACGGGAUGGAUGCGCAAAGGCAGUAAGGUGCUUCAGAAAGUGAAAUUGGAGAUCAACCCAAGGAAUGGCUGCAAGACAGCUUACAAGUCCAGUGCCAAAUUACCCAACGGUAUACAAGAAUCUUCCCAGUUGUGUGCCGGAGACUUGAUAAACGGUGGAGACACCUGUCCGGGUGAUUCUGGUGGGCCACUCCAAGUUCGCCUGAAGACACCUUAUUGCAUGUACAGUCUGAUAGGCGUCACCUCCUUCGGCGGCAAGCCUUGUGGGGGGAACAAGCCUGCCGUCUACACAAGAGUUUCUAAUUACAUCCCCUGGAUAGAGAGUAUCGUCUGGCCUUGAUUGCCCACAUAGAUAUAGUAACGCUCAGCCCAAUCACACGGGUAAUCAUGGGCCGUCAUUGAACUCAGAGUUGUCUACAUAAAAAUGACGCUUCAUGCAAAAUUUCGUCUCGGUUAAUUAGUUUUCGAAAUAUCGUGAAUACAGAUAGAUAGCCAGAAAUUAAAUUGGUCCAACUCCACGAGCGAGAGGCUUCGCUAACGCUCAGGCAAUAUCAUUAGUAUUAAUGUUAGUGUAAGAAAUUAUUAUAUCAAUUUAUUAUUAAUUAUUUUUACUGUCAUAAUUUAUUUAAUUCAAAUUAGUUUUUGUGAUUGGCAUCUUUCUUCCUUACUGCUAAAAUAAUAAACGAUAUUUAAACUUUCAUAUUCCUUAAGUUAAUCCAUGUCUAUUACAUUUUUAGAUUCAUUAACAAAACACAAGUAUAAUAUUAAUCACAGAGAAAUAAAAACUAAUUUGUACGAAACGUCCAAAUAAAAGGUACAACAUUAAAACACAUUUUUGUUGCACAAUAACACGGAGCUAAAUUACUUUUACAACUUUGAAUGAGUUUAAUUUUGUUUAAAUAAUGGGCAUGUUCUUGUGUUUAGAAAUAAAAACGAUUUACUAGCAAAAGUUUGUAAACGCUUUGUGAACCUUAUACCAAUUUCUUCAAUUCAAUAAAUUACCUUAACAGGAAAUUGAUUGCACAAUCUUAAACUACAUCUUCACAUAACGCCUGAUUUGAAUCAAUAAACAGAAACAUUAGCGAAGUUUGUAAUUAUGCUGACACGAGGAUUCACCGUGAUAGAGUGAAACAGGUAAAAUACAACCGGUUCCAUUUG